AACAUCUGUUUAAAUAACAAUUCUUAGCAUGAUCUAAAACGAUUAGCCAUUUUUGUUUUAGAUUUUUCCCUCCUUUAUAGUUAACUAUCUACUGUCUCGGGUUGUGUUGAAUAAAAUUCCCGUUGGGGGGUGUCGGUAGACAGUCGUUGUCAAGUUGUCCGCCAGUAUAGGUGCUUUGUAAUUUUCAUUCCCCCCUUUCUUUCACACAACUAUGGGCACCAGAGACGAUGAAUACGACUAUCUCUUUAAAGUCGUGUUGAUUGGAGAUUCCGGUGUCGGUAAGAGUAACCUGCUCUCUAGGUUUACUAGGAAUGAAUUCAACUUGGAAUCCAAGUCUACUAUAGGAGUGGAAUUUGCCACAAGGAGCAUACAGGUGGAUGGCAAGACUAUUAAAGCUCAGAUUUGGGACACGGCUGGUCAGGAACGUUACAGAGCAAUUACUUCUGCUUAUUAUCGUGGAGCUGUUGGUGCCCUAUUAGUGUAUGAUAUUGCCAAACAUUUGACCUAUGAGAAUGUGGAGCGGUGGUUGAAAGAACUUCGUGAUCAUGCAGACCAAAAUAUUGUCAUUAUGCUGGUUGGAAACAAGUCCGAUUUGCGGCACUUGCGUUCUGUUCCUACUGAUGAAGCGAAAGCUUUCGCCGAGCGUCAUAGUCUGUCGUUCAUCGAAACAUCUGCCCUGGAUUGUACCAACGUAGAGACAGCCUUUCACAAUAUUCUGACUGAGAUCUACCGUAUCGUGUCUCAGCGACCGAUGCACGACAGCCCGGAUGAGGAUUCCCCCCCUGGCAAUUCCGGUCCUAUUCAAAUCUCGCCAACCGAACCCAAUUCGGGAAGUAAAUCCAAUUGCUGCAAAGCGUAAAAGAUACUAAACAGACAACAGUAACAAAACAAAACGACAUUACGAUUGAAUAAACAACAGAUCGUUAGCCUA